UUAGAGAUGAAGAGAAGCACUUCUACUCCGGUAGUAGCACUUCCCCUCCUUUGCUUAUUCCUCUCCUCCUCCUCCCUACUACUAAUAAUCCCUUCAGCAACAGCACUAGGCUUCAACUGCACCACCACCACUGCAACAUGUUCAGCUCUGAUCGACUAUGUUUCUCUCACAAACAAAACCCUAGGCACCAUCGCCCAACUCUUUGGUGUCAGCUUCAUCUCCUUAUUCGGUGCAAACUCUCUCCCACUCUCUACCUCUCCAGUCCAAACAGUUGAACCAAACCAGACCAUCAAGAUUCCCUUCCAGUGCAAUUGUGGCCAAGGGAUUGGAAUCUCCAAUAAAGUCCCUGUUUAUAAUGUAAAGAUAGGAGAUUACCUGAUUUACAUUGCCAACGAGUUGUACUCUGGUUUGGUGACGUACCAGGAGAUCGCUACUGUGAAUGAUAUUAACAACCCAAACUUGAUCUUAAUUGGUCAGAAGCUGUGGAUUCCGCUACCCUGUAGUUGCGACACAGUGGAGGGUGAUCAGGUCGUUCAUUAUGGACACGUCGUGUCUAACCAGAGUUCGGUUGGGCAGAUCGCUAAGGAGUAUGGGACCACUCCAGGUACCUUGUUGAAGCUCAAUGGGUUGGCCCACCAGAAUGAACUUCAGGCCGGCCAACUCAUCGAUGUUCCUCUCAGAGCUUGUAGAUCCAUGGUUGGCAAUGACUCACUUGACUACACGCUGCUUGUUCCUGAUGGAACAAAAGUCUUAACUGCCAAUAACUGCGUCCAGUGCACCUGCGAGUCAUCGAAAAAUUGGACAUUACAUUGUGAGCCAUCUCAAGGGGCUAAGCCAUCCAAUUGGACUCAAUGCCCUUCCAUGCAAUGCCAAGGUGGUUUACUCCUUGGAGAUACCAAAUCACCUUGCACCACGUGUGCUUAUGCUGGAUACACCAAUCAAUCUAUACUUACAACCCUCGUCAAGACUUGUAGCAUUGUUGCUGUGGCAAGGAAGGAGAACUCUAUGGAUUUGGGAAGCAAGCUUGCAAUAGCUAUUUCUUCAGUGGCUGGAAUUGGGAUUAUGGUGACAUUAAUAGUCCUAUAUUGUUGCUUGAGCGAGAAAUCUUCAUUAAAUAACAAAAACAAGGAUAUUGAUGUGGAGUCUUUUUUGAGGAAUAAUGGAUCCUUGGUUCCAAAAAGAUAUAGUUAUUCAGAUAUCAAGAAAAUUACAAACUCCUUCAAAGAGAAACUAGGUCAAGGAGGUUAUGGUAGUGUGUUCAAAGGAAAGUUACUUGAUGGUCGUUUGGUGGCAGUGAAAAUCCUCAAUGAAUCCAAAGGAAAUGGUGAAGAAUUCAUUAAUGAAGUUGCAAGCAUUAGUAGGACUUCCCAUGUUAAUAUUGUUGCUCUUCUUGGUUAUUGUUUUGAGGGGAUUAGAAGAGCUCUUUUGUAUGAGUUCAUGCCCAAUGGUUCUCUAGACAAGUUCAUAUAUGAUAAAGAAUCAUCAACAACAAUUCCUCGUCUUGGAUGGGAAACAUUAUUCAAUAUAGCAACUGGAAUUGGCCGGGGAUUGGAGUAUCUACAUCGUGGCUGCAAUACGCGUAUUCUACACUUCGAUAUAAAGCCACAUAACAUUCUACUAGACCAGGACUUCUGCCCCAAAAUCGCCGAUUUCGGACUUGCUAAACUAUGCCCAAGAAAAGAUAGUAUCAUAUCAAUGAAGGAUAGGAGAGGGACUAUAGGGUAUAUUGCACCAGAAGUGUUUUUUCGAAACUUUGGAGGAGUCUCCCACAAGUCAGAUGUGUAUAGUUAUGGAAUGAUGGUUUUGGAAAUGGUUGGAGGUAGAAAGAAUAUGAAUUUGGCAGCAGAUCAUACUAGUGAAGUAUAUUUCCCACAUUGGAUUUAUAGGCAUUUCCAAGAAGACCAAGAUGAAUUAGGACUAGAAUGGCUCACAACUGGAGAAGAAGAAGAAGAAAUUGCAAGGAAAAUGAGUUUAGUAGGGUUGUGGUGCAUCCAAACAGAUCCUUCGAAUCGACCUUCAAUGAGUAAAGUUGUUGAAAUGUUAGAAGGAAGCAUUACUUCAUUGCAGAUCCCACCAAAGCCUUACUUGUGUUCUCCUACAAGAUUGACUACAGAUUGCUCUGACAUUAGCCAGGAAGGAGGACAACUUGGAUCCUCUAUGGCCGGGCAGCCAAGCGGCCAUUCGAUAGCUUCACACAGGCAGGACGUAGACUCCAUCAAGGUAGGGUGCUCGGGCAAUGGGUAG